AUGGCCGCAUCAAAACCGAGCUCGCUGGAUUUCGAAAUCCUCCCAGCAACAGAAGCUGAUUGUGCGACAGUCGCACACAUAGAGGCUACCUCCAAUUGCACUCCCAGCAAAACAGAGCCGAAAAAUAAUCUUUCGCUAGUCUUGUUCGGCCCACCUGGUGAUUCAUCAUUUCGAGCAAAAGAUCUUGCCAAUAAACUUGAAAAUGACCCGAGCGCAAGGAUUUGGAAGGCCGUAAUCAGCGACGAGAACGGCCAAGAAAAGAUCAUUGCCAUUUCUCUUUGGCACUUCUACCUCGAACCAAAGGUGAUUGAAGACUGGAAGGAUAUCGAGUGGCCGGCUGGUGCGCAUCAGGAAGGCUGUAAUACAUUCCUUCGCUCGACAGUGGCAAUGCGAAAGAAAUACAUGUCGGAGAAGAUAUUCGGUCAUCUGCAAGUUUUGGCUACUCUUCCUGAGUGUCGUGGUUAUGGGAUUGGUUCUGCGCUUAUCAAGAAAGGCCUUGAGGUAGGCACGGAGAUGGGCCUAGUUGAUUUCUGGCUGGAAUCAUCGAAUGAUGGGCAUGCGCUUUAUGAGAAGUUUGGAUUCCGGGACGUUGAACCUGUUGUGAUGGACUUAUCGCAGUAUGGUGGUGAGGGCUUGGCCCCGGUUAGGACUAUGAGGAGACUUCCUAACUGA